CGUGAAAGAUCUAGACACUUUUCCUGCUCACCCUAUGGAAUAUGGAUUUCCUUUCAAAGAUCUAGACGACCAUUUACACUAGAACAGCAUUCAGGUAAUCAGAAAGAUCAGACUGAGAACGAAAAAUGAGCAACAACAAGAAAUUAUUGAUAAUCGGAGGAACUGGUUACUUGGGUCAGCAUCUAUUACAAUCCUUUUCAGAAUCCCAGAAAUCAUUCGAUCUAUCAAUGGCGUUCACACAUCAUUCGUCUCCUCCGCCUAACCUCUUGCUUCAAUCCCUUCCUCAUGCUACCCCCUUUCAAGUUGACUUACAAACGGGUCAUGGAUUUGACUCCAUCUCUCACACAUUUGGCCAGCCUGAUGUUGUAGUCAAUUGUGCUGCAAUUUCUAUACCUCGUGCUUGUGAGACAAAUCCUACACUUGCCAUGUCCGUUAAUAUUCCUUCUUCACUUGUAAAAUGGUUAUCAAGUUUCACUGAAAGCAAUACUCUUCUCAUUCAUCUAUCAACCGAUCAAGUUUAUGAAGGGACAAAGUCUUUUUAUAAAGAAGACAAUGAGACACUUCCUGUGAAUGUAUAUGGGAAGUCGAAAUUGGAAGCUGAAGAAUAUAUUAUUGCAAAAUGUUCAAACUUUGUGAUUUUAAGAAGCAGCAUUAUUUUUGGACCACAAACUAUCUCACCCGUCUCAAAAUCACUUCCAGUUCAGUGGAUGGAUAGUGUUCUUGGCAAAGGGCAAGAAACAGACUUCUUUCAUGAUGAAUUUCGUUGCCCGGUAUAUGUGAAGGAUGUUGUAAAUAUUAUACAAAUAUUAACCAACAAAUGGAUUUCAGAUGGAGAGAAAAUGGGAUUGCUUCUAAAUGUCGGUGGGCCUGAUAGGUUAUCGCGGGUUCAAAUGGCUGAGACUGUAGCUCAUGUUAGAGGCUACAACACCUCAUUGAUAAAACCCGUGUCCACAUCAUCGAUUGAUCGUGGAGUGAAGUCACCAAGUGACAUAUCCAUGGACAUAAACUAUAUACAUGGAAAAAAAAAAUUAGUAUUAUGUGGUUGUAGUAGUGUAUGA